UAGCAGCGAAAGCGGGCGAAAUACCAAUUCGACAGAAGCCCCCGCGGCUCGAAAAAGUGGCGUGCCUCUCUCGGACUCAGGCUGUAGCAGGAUUCAGAGUCCUGGAGCCCUAUCUUUGGACUAGGCGAGUCGAUUCGAGGAGUCAUUUGGUCCACGAGUCGAGUCUUGGAGCCCUCUCGUCCACAGCUUGCCUUUCAAUGCAUACGACGGGGGAAGGUGGAACCACGUCGGACUUAGUCCUCUGAUGCCUGGGAGGAUACCUUCUACCUAAAGGAGCGAUUCGCCUCAAACGAAUGCCACGUGGGCCUCGUACCUGGCAUCUUCAGAACCGUUGCUGUUCCGUCUUCCCUUUCCAGUGGGGCUGAGGGCGAGUGUGACACAAGAGGCUAGGGCACUGGGAUUCCCGAGAAUAGGUCGAGGCGAUUCCCCCUUAGCUCUCUCAGCGGCCGGUACGACGGUCUCAGACGCUUGCAUUAGCAGCAGGGAGCGGAUUCUCCGUCGCCUCGGUUCGACUCAUGACCAUGGCGGGACCUCUGCUGCUGCGGCGUGCAGCAUUGGCCGUCCUGGUGCUAUUCUCGCUCCUCUCCGUGUUGCUGGCUGAAGAAGGUGAUUCGUCGGCGAGCAGCAAUGCUGGCACGGGGUCCGCCAGCGCCCACCCAGUGUACCUGGUGCAUCUGAGGGCGGCGGCUGUAGCGAGCUACCGAGGCGGCGUGGAAGGGCUGCCUGCUACAGUCGCAGCUCAAGCUGACCCUGACACCACUGGUGCUGGUGGCGCCAGCAGUGGCAGUGGCGCAUCCUCUCUCUCCCAGCCAGGCCACUCGAGACAGUCAAGCUUUGGUAGCGGUGGUAGCCACGGCCCCAGCCGCGUGCGUCUGCCGCGCGUGGACAUGCAUUCUGCUGCAGUGAAGAGCUACAUGGGGUACCUGGAGUUCCUACAGGCGCGAGUCAUGGAGGAUGCUGCCGUGGACCCGUCCAGCGUACUGCACAGCUACAAGGUGGUGAGCAGCGGCUUUGCAGCAGCGCUCUCGCCGUCUCAGCUGCAGCAGCUACAGCAACACCCGGCUGUAGUGGCCGUGCACAGGAGCAGCACGAUUCACAUGCUCUCCACCCGCCCCUCGACCUCCGUUGACUGGCUUGACUCGGUUGACUCGGGAAAUCUGGCCGGAUCCGCCAAUCAGACUCGUCACCGCCGUGGGCUGAAGGGUCUGCAGGGCCGACGGGGGUUGCUGCAUGUGCAGCGGCAGCAGCAGGCGCAGCAGCAAGCGCUGCAGCAGCAGCAACAGCAAGAGGGUGCGCAGGUGCAGGGAGAUGGUAUGGUGGUUGGAGUGGUGGAUUCGGGCAUUUGGCCCGAGCACCCUUCCUUCUCGGACAAGCUCAUCAGCCCGCCCCUCUCCGCGCCUCCAUCCUCCUGGAAGGGCAGGUGCGAGCCCACCAAGGACUUCCCCUCGUCUGCUUGCAACCGCAAGCUCAUCGGGGCGAGGGUCUUCUACCAGGGCUUUCAGGAGGAGGUUGGGACGAAGGACUGGGACCUCAAGGGCGACUGGCUCUCGCCCCGGGACAGCACUGGCACCGGCACGUGGCUCGCAGGGUUCAGAGUUCAAUCCCCACUGCUGCUGCUGCAUUCAGGGCCGGCAGCAGGCAGUGCCAACGUCCCCACGGCUCCUGUCUUCGGCUCCUCCAUCGGCCGUCUCUCUGGUGUGGCCCCUCGGGCACACCUGGCGGUCUACAAGACGUUUUGGAAAAGCAAGGCUCUUGGCUGGAAUGUUUGCAGUACGUUGGAUAUAGCGGCAGCGGUGGAGGCCGCUACAGCCGAUGGUGUGCACGUGCUGCUGGUGGCUUUGAUUUGGGACCCUUCGGCCACUUACUUUGAAAGCUUGCACUAUUUGAAUGCGCAUCUGGCCGGAGUGACAGUGGUGUUCAUGGCAGGGGAUUACGGCCCGCCCUCCAGGAACUCUCGGGAGUAUCAAAACGUAGGGAACUACAAUCCCUUCGGCCUCACUGUCGGCGCCAGCUCCACGAGCCAGCGGUAUUUCACAACGGUGACACUCGGUAACGGGACGGUGCUGCAGGGCCGGGGCAUGGGGGGAGGAACCAUCAAGCCCAAGCUGCCUGUUGUGGCGGGGGCAGCCGCUCCUGGGAAUGUUGCUGCUGCUCCCUACUGCGAGCCGGGGUCCCUGAACAAGGGCGUGAAGGGCAAGGUGGUUGUGUGCAUUGGCGGGUGGGUUCUGGUAGUCGACAUGGUGCAAGAGGUGCUGGCCAAGAAAAGCGCGGGGAUCAUUCUGCUGGCGGACAAUCUGGUGGGAAAUGAUGCUCUGAUACCAUACGACGCACGCCUGCCCGUGGUGCUGCUGCUGGGGAGCGAGCGGAGCACACUGCAGGAGUAUAUCGGUGGAACGGCCAGUCCCAAGGUCACCAUUGCCCAGCGAGCCACCUCCGGCGCUGGCGAAGCCCCCGCCAUGUUCUUCACCUCAUCCACAGGCCCCGUCACCGACCCCUCGCUCACACCCGAACCUGCCGCCCCCACCAACGACAUUCUCAAGCCGGACCUCAUCGCCCCGGGUGUGUGCCUCUUUGGGGCUGCUCCCGGCACCGUGGCCAAAGCCAAGAUGAAAAGCGCAGCAGUAGCUAUGGCUUCGGGUACAGGUGUCGCUGCGUCGAUCACUGCUGGGAUUGCUGCUCUGGUGAUGCAGAGUAACCCCGCUUGGACCCCCGCGGAAGUGAUGUCAGCCAUGCAGACCACUGCUGAUACUGUCAGUAAUAAGGGGGGACCUAUCAAGGAUGCGUAUGGCGCGGAUGCCACCCCGUGGGCUAUGGGCCAGGGGCAUGUGAGUGCUGCGAAGAUGGUAGAUCCGGGGUUGGUCUACCCGGCCAACAGCGAGGAUUUUUACAAUUUUCUGGCGGGGCAGGAUGCGACGGAAGCAGCGCAAGUCAAGCCCGCGGAUCUCACUCUGGCGCCGAUUCCCGCGUAUAAUCUGAACCGGGCGUCGAUCUCGGUGUCGCGGCUUCAGGGCAGUGUGAUUGUGAAGAGGCGGGUGACUAAUGUGGGCGGCGUGAAAGCAACGUAUACUGCGGCUGUCGUGGCGCCGAGUGGGGUUGACGUGACGGUUCAGCCGAGCACGUUUGACAUCGAGCCGGCGGCGACAGUGAGCUUUACUGUGACUUUAACGCCCACGGCUGUUUCUGAGGAAUUUGUGUUUGGGAGCCUGACGUGGGAGGAUGGGACGGGGCACUCUGUGAGGUCGGUGAUCGCGGUUCAGCCUCUUGCGUUGCCGGCUUGAAGCCGCCCAAGUCCCUCCCAAGUUGCAAGGCGCGAGUGCUUGAACCAGGGUGCAUGCAUGUAUCUGUUAAGCUAAGGUAGGUAGCUAGGAAGCCAUGGAAAUGGCGUGAGGUUUAGCUAGGGGAAAGUUACGAGAGGAAAGAGAGAAACACUAGGAAGAGAGAGGCAUACAAGGAGGGAGUUGUACCCUCUACAGUAGAGUUCGGUAACCUACCAAGCCUACCAAUUACAUAACACAAUAUAUAAUUUAACAGUAUCAUGUACUCGGCAGGUAAGAGCUUCUUGCAUGGUGCUGUGAGAGGGCAGUGGCGCUUUGGUGGUCUGCUUUGGGCCCGUUAGUGCCACAUUAUUGUUGCUUGAGUGUGGAUUUGUGAUUGUGAU